AUGGAGUUCUUGGAUGGGCGGAUCUUUACCGACUCCACUAUGCCUGGGGUGAGUCCGACGGAGAGAAUGGCCUUGUGGAGGGAUGCUGUGCGAGUGCUAGGCAAGAUUCAUACCACUAAUGCUCAUUCCAUCGGGCUGCAGACGUUUGGUAAGCAAGGUGGGUACUACGACCGUCAGCUAUCGACGUUUACCUCCUUAUCCCGUGCACAUGCAAAGGUGGAAGAUCCUUUGAUCAAUGUUCCGGUGGGAGAUUUACCGCAUUUUGACGAGAUGGUCGACUUUUUCUGUCGUCAUGAGCUUCAGCCCAGAGACCGGCUUAGUAUAGUGCAUGGUGACUACAAGAUCGAUAACUUGAUCUUCCAUCCCACUGAAUCGCGAGUAAUCGGGGUUCUAGAUUGGGAAAUGGCUACUCUUGGCCAUCCUCUUUCGGACUUUUGCAACCUUACGCAUCCUCAUUUCUGGGACGGUCUGUACCAGGAUGUGGGAAUGUUCCAUUCUGGGAAGGUUGCAGGAUUGCCCAGUCGCGCACAGUGCUUAGAGUGGUAUUCUGAGGCUGCAGGUUGGGAUCCAGAACCAGACCUUUCGUGGGGAGACGCAUUUUUUGCAUUUCGAACCACUGUUAUCCUGCAGAGCGUUGCCGCUAGGCAUGUCCAGCGGCAGACGACCAGUCCGGACUCAGCCAAAUAUGCCCUAAAAUUCAAGCCAUCGGCAGAAAGUGCCUGGGAAUUGGUGAGAAGAGCCAAAGCCGGAUCUAAAUUUGGAAGAUUGUGA